AUGAAGCUAUUCCAAAAGCUAAGAUGGAAUAAUAAUAACAAUGCUGCUGUUGAUGAUCAGUUGUCAACAUCACCAUCGACUCAACAACAACAGCAACAGCAGCAGCAACAACAGAAGAAUAAGAAACAGACAUCAAGUACAAACAAUCGAUCGACACCUACAUCAAACAAACAGAAGUCUAGCUCAUCAUCUGUGACCUCACCCACGACCAGCAACUCAUUGAAGAAGCAUCAUCAUCACCAUCACCAUCAUCAUCAUAAGAAGGGAACGACUGUACCUCAAUUCAAGAUGGUGUCUGUACAGAACUCUGACUCACUGCUAUCGAUCGCAAAGAAAUUCAAUAUGUCCGAAGAGGACUUGGUCAUUGUCAACAGACUAGCAUCGACACGCUACCUCAUUCCCGGCCAGGUCAUCGUCACCUGUCUCAACUUUAACACCAACACAAUUAUCAGACCCAUCUCAUACUCUCUCCUCAAGGACUCGUUGUCACAUAUCAGUCUGGCCAGCAGCACGAGCAGCACCAGCACCACAUUGUCCACAUCGGUCGGAUCAUUGAUAUCAUUGGCCGACUCAAACAAUGCCGUCGCCACCACCCCCAACAGCAAGGUCAUCGUUGGCGGCAUCGGCACGCCUGGCGAGCUUGAGCAUUCCAACUCAUUCCAUGAUCUACACCUGGCCCAUCAGCCACCUGUCGUCUCAAUCUCGACAGCUCAAUCAGACAACAACAACAACGCCCACAACUACAACAUCGAAUGUGCCAGACAAAGAGAGCAGAUCAAACAGAUGUUUGACAUGUUCAAACAAUCACAUGAUUCGCUGGUGGCUUUGGCAGGGGGCGACAGUGCCACCGCCACAAUGGAACAGAUCUCAUCACAUAAACUAUUCCUCCCAUCGCUCCGAGAGCGAGGCAACAAGUACCUCACCACCAGGCACGAGGAGGACUACAGGCACCAUCACGAAUACUCUGCUCACGCGCCCUCAGCAGAUACCCAACUCCUACCCGACUGUAUACUCUCAUUCAAGAAUGCCAUCUACUAUCUAGACUAUGACACUAUGCAAAUGCAACUUCAUGGAAGUAUCCAGAUCAAUGCCAAACACCUGGCAUUCGCUGCACGAUCAUCAAACUACUCAUUCAAUCGCAUUGAGGUCGCGUUGACUGAUGUGCUGUUCUGGAAGUUUGACGAGGUGUCUACAGACUUGGCAGAGAUGAACGAUAGUAUAAGCAGUGAUGAUCAUUGUAUCUUUAAGAUAUGGGUCAAGUUGUCAGAGGAAGAGGAGGACGACGAAGAUGACGACGACGACUCGACUGCCACACAGACCGAGUACGACACAGUAACCUCGGCAACGACAGACACAAAGGAUGAGGAAGAGGAGGAUGAGGAGGAGCUGGAGGAUGGUGGCGCAGGCGCCGGUGAGGUUGAGGAGAAGAUAUUCAUUAUCGACAAGACAGAGAUUGACAUGGAGCUGUGGGAGUCUAUCUUGAUCGAGAUCCUCGGCCAGCCAUUGAACCAUUACUAUCGACCUGACAGCAACAGCAACAAGACUACCUCACCAAAGGACAGUCUAUCAUUCUCAUCAGAUCUGUUGGCGCCUUUGACUCCAGCCUCGCCCCGUGGAGGCAUCAAACAGAGCACGUCAGCUCGCGAAUCAUUCGAAUCAGAACAUCCCUUGCUCACAAAGACCAGCCUCUUGCUCGAUCACCAACAGUUGCUUCCCGACACCACCGCGUCCAAGAUCAACACCAUCCGUAACAUAAAGAAGAACAAGAAGCAAGAGGCAGUAUUCAAGAGAGAGAUACAUUGUAUAUUCCAAUCUAGGAAGGUCAAGGGCACGCUGACACUGUUGCCACAUUGGAUCAUCUUCCAGGGCAACCCCGACGACAAGCAUGUGAUUCAGGAGGGCAGCAUCAGGUUCCAACUCAACUACACGAUGGACCAGGUUGUGUCAUGUACAUUGGAGACCAAGACAGCGCCAUUGUCGGCGUCUGCCGCUCAUCCACUGAGCAGCAGCACGUCACUGAGUGAGGACGAGGGUGAACUACAAUUUCAGAUUGAAGACCAUGUCAUUAGUGAUCGCGAGGGCAGUCGAGACAGCACGAGCAACAGUGAGUUCAGCCGAGACGAUCCUUCAACCAUAUCACACGUCGUCAGCAAGUCCCUUGUACACGUCACACUAAUGGUCACGCCCACAAUCGAGAAGAAGAUACACUUUGAAUGCGAGGAUGAAGUCGCGGUCAAUAUAUGCCAGCAGAUCAAUCAAUGGAUGGGCGAGGCAAAGAACAAUGUAGAGGUUUCACCAACAGGAAACACGGGAACAAUGAUCCUGGACAACAUACUUCCACUCUCCCCACUCAAGUCAGGCAGUCCAUCGACCUUUGCCAAGAUGUUGUUCAGAUGGAACAAGGGCGAUGAUGAGAGCGAGGAGGAGGACGAAGAGGACGACGAUGAUGUCGGCCCUUUCGUACCCACGUUGUUUGGAAAUUCAGCCUACAUCGAUCCAGAGGACACACUUCAUAUCAUCUCGGACCUGCCUCGCCAGCUCCAGCUUCGUGACUGGGUGCUUCUAUAUCAGACGGGCCGCGAUGGAAUCUCGAUGAACACAUUCUUCAACAAGACUGAGUCACAAGGUGCCUGUAUCAUCUUCAUGCGAGACUUUAACCACAACAUAUUCGGUGGAUUCCUCUCCGAAUCGAUCAGGAGGUCCAACACCUUUUAUGGCAGCGGCGAGUGUUUCCUCUUCAAGCUAAAGCCAGCCUACCAACCCUAUCACUGGUCCAGAGAGAAUCGUUGUUUCAUCCUUACCAGCAAUAACUUCAUAUCGAUGGGUGCUGGUAACAAUGGCAAGUAUGGACUGUGGCUUGACGACAAUUUUGAUGAAGGCACAUCUGGAAAGAGUGAGACCUUCAAUAAUGACCCAUUGUCCACGUUGGAGGAGGACUUCAAGUGUCUGGACAUGGAGAUAUGGGGCUUCGUUUAG